GAAGGUUUUGCAAAUAUGAACGGAAAAGCCUCUGUCUCCAAGGAGCUCCAUGCCAAGCACACCAAGAUCUUAGAGGGACUUCUUAAGCUGCCUGACAAUAGGGAAUGUGCAGAUUGCAGGAACAAGGCACCACGAUGGGCCAGUGUGAACUUAGGAAUUUUCAUUUGCAUGCAAUGUUCCGGAAUUCACCGGAGUCUUGGAGUGCAUAUAUCAAAGGUGCGGUCCACAACUUUGGAUACAUGGUUGCCAGAUCAAGUUUCUUUCAUGCAAUUUAUGGGUAAUGCCAAGUCAAAUAUGUACUGGGAGGCAGAACUGCCGCCAAAUUUUGACAGAAAUGGAUAUGGAAUUGAAAAGUUUAUUCGUGCCAAGUAUGUGGAGAAAAGAUGGGCUUCAAAAGGUGGCCCACAAGCAGCUUCAAAGUCAGCUGAAAUAAUCUUUAAUGUGAAUGAUUCACCAAAUGUUGUGGCCAAGAGUAGUAUUCAAAAGAAUAGGAGAUUGUCUCUUGAGGAAAGCAUUCUUGUGAACCACAUGGCAAAAAUCCGGCCUCCAGUAGCAAGAUCUCAUGAGGUAUUCAUGUUUUAUAUGAAGUUCAAUCCCUGA